AUGACGGCGAGAAUAGUGUUCAGUAUCUCAGUUGUGGCUCUCCUGGUCUACCUCGCAGUAACUCAAAAAUGUCCUGCAAGUGGAAGAUCCGAGAGCUCCAUCAUUGGCUGGAUGUUACGGGGACACGUAUACGACACUCUUCUAGCGGAACUUCCGUUUGCAUGCGUAUUCAAGUGUCGAGAAGACAAUCGAUGCCAAAGUUUUAACUGGGUAAUCCCCCUUCUCACCUGCGAGUUUAACAACAGGACAAAGGAAGCCAGGCCGGAGGACUUCAUUCCAAACCCAGACAGAUCUUACUAUCCACGCGAUUUAAAGCGAGGUAAGCCAGCAUACCAAGGAGGGGCGCGGGGGGAACUCCCUAUAAUGCCAUAAUGCCCUAUACGGGGAGGGUCCGACUGAAAGGGUAGCGUUUGUCAGGCUUCAGGUAUAUCAAAAGAGUUAAAUGAUUUCACUAUUUAAAGUAAAUGAAAGGGUAGGAGACUCGAUUAGGCCUGUCAAAGGACCUAAACGGGCUAAUAGAAGGAUUUUAUGGCUAAAAAAAGUCGGGAGAUUUCUUUUUUUCUGGGGAAGAGUGGGGUACUCAACAAAGUUUUGUACGGAGAGGCAUUGCAAAAAAUAAUAAAAACCACAACGUUUCCUCGACUUUUUCACAAGCAUGGAAUGCAUCUGUUAGCCCUUUUGAGCCUUUUUACCCACGGAAAUGACAGAUUUCCCUACCCUUUUAUAUACCUCAACUUGUGAAAUCCCUACCCUUUCAUAUACCUGAAGCCUGAAAAAGAUACCCCGUUCGGCCGGAGCCUCCUCAUAUAGUCAAGCCAUUAAUAGUGAGUAACUCCCCUCCCCCGGGGACUAAGUUACAUUUCCCAGAACUUCGCAUGAACAUUAUUAUUAUUAUUAAUCUGUAUUUUGGAUUAAAUUGAGCCCACGUAAUUGUUGGUUUUCACAUGACGUCACUAAAAUUCAAACUAAAAAACUAUCGAUUCUACCGUGAUUUUACUUUCACGAUGCAUUAGAGCAGCUGAAAACUAAUAUUCAUACAAAUUUUCGCCUCAAAAGAGUUCUUGGUUUUCUGAUAGAGGACGCUUGAAUUUCUAAGCUUUUGCGUGACGCGGCAUUUACAUGACGGCCAAGAGAGCUGUCAUGUAGGUUAAAAAAAUUACUUAUUUCAGGAAAUUUUGCUAUCUAAACAGUCCAUAUAUUAGAAAAAGUAUUACUUUAAUGUUUAUGAGUUUCUCGAAGAAUAAAUUCACGCUUUUGUAGCAAAACUCGAUAACAGAUGUUUCUGUUGGUUUCCGUCCGCCAUGUUGGAGCUCAUGCAGGUGAGCACCAGCAUGGCGUCUCCAUACAAAUCUCUGUAAAUUUGGGUAAAACUUUUCUUCGGAUAUCUCGUAUACGAAACAUUCCUCUCACCUGAAUCUUGGAGAGGGUCUUUGUAUAUGUACCUCCUUUCAUUUCCCAAAUUUUGGACUUUAUCUAUUGAAAGGUUUUGAUUUUUAUUUUGAUCUAUUUUGAAUGGCGUGACAAUGAAAACUAGCAAUAUUUAUCUGACUGUACAAGAGACCGAUGCUCACAGAUUUCAAUCACAACAACGGUGCAAGUUCCAGAUGAAGGGCUUUAAGGAACAAAUUUAUCUGGCACCUUUUUUAGCCAUUGUGACGUGUACGUCAACAUUGACGUUACCAUGGAAACCGAGGUUUCAAAGCUGUGUUUUUCAAAAUUUGCACUUUCUCUUAAAAAUAGAUUUUAUUUUUAUUUUUACUAAUUGUAUCAUUAUAUUACACUUAAUUUAGCAUUACUAACAUACUGUUAGUCACAUUUUACUGAUAACUUGGACGCACAUCCUCACGUAGAAUAGUGAAAAAAAUAGAAUGUGCUGGAUUCGAUUCCUGGAACUGCUUCUUAUACUUUUACUUUUUCUUUUUUUUUUUCUUUAUUUCUUUCUUUCUUUUUUUCUUCUCUUGUUAUUGUAGUUUUCUUUUUUUGUUUACAUAUUGUAGAUUUUUAUAUUUGUAUAUUUUCUUUUCCUUACUGACUCUUUCCCUUCCCUUCUUCUUCUUGCAGUAAGCCCCAAGUGUUGCUCCCUCCCGGGCAUUCAGUAAAAGUAUGCGUACUGAUAAAUUAAUGAAGAACUUUUUUUUGGCCUUUCAGUUCCCCUUGGUUCCAUUCAAGAAUUGCCAGCUGAGACUUGUGACGAAAUUAAGAGGAGUGAAGGACAGGCUGUCAGCGGGAAAUACUGGUUUUCGACCAUAAAAUCUGGAACAUCUGUUCUGGCUUAUUGCAAUAUGAAGACCAACGGUGAGUUUGAUCAGUUAUGUCAGUUAGGGACAGACCAUUAGCAAACCUAUCGGGGGGCGCGCGAAGUACUAAAAAAUUAUUCGCGCAAGAGAAAAUUAAAUGAAAAAAAAUUCAUGCACGCCAAUUAACCCUAAAAAAUAUUAAUGCUAUGGCCUAAAAAAAAUUCAUACGAAGAAUUUGAUAACGAAAAAAAAUUCCUGUGGCACCAAAAUCCCCCCCGCGACCCCCACACUGGUCCCCCAUAACUUAUAUGUAAUCGGCUACUGAUUAAGCUUGUUACUUUUUUCGAUAUUUCAUCACGCCGAAUCGCUGACUAUGUUAAAUCGGGAGAUGUAAACUAAUCAAGCACACCCAAAAAACUUGAAAAAAAGAAUUGUAAGCAAAAACUCAUGUUAGAUAGGAAUGAGUACUCUUUGUGUCACAUGUUAGGGGUUAAAGCCGUUCAUUAAUUAAUGUUUGUUUGUCCAGACAUUGACGAAUGCAGUGCUUCUUCUCCGGUAUGUGAUAUUAACGCAAACUGCUCCAAUACUCGUGGAUCUUAUUACUGCACUUGCAAGGCAGGAUUUACUGGCGAUGGAAAAACUUGCCAAGGUAAAUAAGAUAAUUAAGCUAAUUUGAACAGUUUUGUUCAGUUUACACUGAGUUUAGUUCAGUUUAUUUCCCGUUACAGACAGGUUACAGGGAAAUGUUGCCAUAGAAUUAAUAUGAAAGCUUGAGUAUUAUGGCCAAGUGAUUAAUAUGUUUAAAAUAAAUACAGGCGAUGAACCAGAAAGAGUAAAAUUAAAUAAAUAAAUAAACAAGAACGUAAUAAUAUAAAAGAUGUAAGACACAAUUAAUGACAAUUAAUACCAAUUAAACAAAAUACAAAAGAUCUAGCAUUUAAAAAAGUAUUUAAUACGGACAAGCUUUGAAAGAAGUGAGUUUAGGCAGAAUUAGGUAGUGCUAGGACUGGAUAUUUCCAUUAAGAAAGUGGUUUUUUAAUUAAAGUUGUUUUUCUUAGACAUUGAUGAAUGCAAAGCUUCUUCUCCUGUAUGUGACAUCAACGCUAACUGUUCCAAUACUCGUGGAUCGUAUGACUGCACCUGUAAGGUAGGAUACACUGGCGAUGGAAAAACUUGCCAAGGUAGGAGAAAAUACUUAUUAAAAGGUGGUACAAUCCUCAAAAAUCACUAUUUUUUCUUAUGUUAUUUUGCAAAAGUUUACCAAUGCAUUUUUAGACUACAACACAAGAUAAGUUUAUUUUUGCACUUUUGGACCUGAUCAGUUACCAUGGCAACCAAUAAUGGCAAAAAGAUACCCCCCAGAGUUGCCCGUACUAAAACACUUCUAUCUCCAACACGUUACAAAGAAAAAUGCUAAAACUUCUGGAAUUUAUUCUUUAAAUGCUAUUUCAUACAAUGAACUAAAGAAAUACUGUUCAGUCUCAUAGAUCCAAAAUUAUCGCAAGAAGCAUAUUGACAUUCAAAAUUCAGUGAAAUAAGGAUCCAACUUUGGCCUGUUAGACAACAAGGAUUGCACCAGAGUACAUGAUUGUAGUUCAUUGCAUGUAAAAAUAUAUGGAGAUUUUUCACUCCAAAAAUGAAAAGAAUUGAAUAAAACCAUGGAAAGUUAUGGCUGGUAGCAUGUUGCUAGUUCCGUAAAAUUCAAAAUUAUGAGAAAAAAUGGGUUAAAGUUUGUGAAAUGCAAUUCUUGAGACUGUCACAGAGUUCCUGCAAAUAUAACUCAAUUAGAACUCUCCACAGGCAUAGUUUACACCCUCUCUUUGCUUGUUUUUGUCAUCUUUUCUUUUCUUCAGGCCUCUGAUGACUUUUCUCCUCUUCUUAGUGCUUGCUUUAUUUUUAUACUCCGCACCGUCCACUCGUAGCUGAUCUUGAAGUUUGCACCCCUCUUCAGUAUAUUUUCCAGGAGGAAUGUUUAAGCCUUGGAACAGCUUGAUAACAGUUACUGCUCCAAUAUUGAAAUGGGAAACUGCAUCAUACAGUCCUAAUUCUAAUGUUUCUCUUCCAACGUAAACUUCUUUUGGGACUCUUUGCCAAAUCAUUCCAUUUAAAGAUUCAUUUUGAUUCUGUGUCUUGCCAUGCAAGCACUUCUCAAGCAAGCUGUCCUCACUGAGUCGAAUAUACUCUGGCUUUAAUUUUGCAAUUACCUCUAAAGGUAAGCCUGGCCCAUGCUUGUAAAGCUUCGUGCCAUUGGCUUUAUCCUGCUGAUACCGGCACCAGCUUGCACUGCCUGUUGGGCAAUGGUCAUGAAGUGGGCGUGCCUCAGUAGACGCACAAUGCAUCAGGCUAGCAUGAAUGGCUUUCUUCAUGCCAGCAAGAUCUCCAACAUUUGAUCUUAUGGCUAUGCCAUAAUAGUUCUGCAGUUUAUCAAUUUGACUGUCUGUCAGUUUGCCCUUGCCUCCCAGGCCUGGAUUCUCACGCUUCAAUUUACGAAGUGCAGUUCCCACUCUCUUCUGGACAUGACCAAUACAUUCCUUCUUUUCCAUUUCAAUACCAGCAUCUUCAUAAACUCCUUUUACUCGACUGAAACUUUUACUGUCACCGUCCCCAUAGAAUUCAGUGUAUCUGAGGUUGUGCAGUUCUACAGACCUUUGAAAUAUGCGCUCUGCUCCUUCCGGCUCCAUAGCUGGUGCUGAUCCCCGAAAAUUAGCUUUACACUUAGUGUGCUCAGCUCUCCAAGUCUGAUAUUCAAGAGAUGUUUUCUCUAAGUGUUCAUGGCGCUCACAUUGUUUGCAACCUUGACUGAGGGCUUCUACAUCGAGCACCCUUCCUGUGUCCAUGGAUAUUACUGUCACACAACCAUUGCGUGACGAGUAGCCUCUCUUUUGCCAUGUGCCAUCACAUGAAACGCCACAAUUAAAUGGUCCAGCUUCAGACGCAGUGCAUUGGUUUUUGAAGGCAUAAAUAUCUUGACCGGCUUUCUUCAUACUCUCUUUUGCUAUUUCUUUGACGUGACAGCCGAUCACACGUGAGUUGAAAAUGAACGCUUUUUCAGUGGGAGGUGGAGGCAUGUUCAUGAUCGCACAGAAUUUUCUUGCUCCUGCAUAACCCUUGCCAAUGGUUCUCAUUCCAUAGACAAGACGCCGAUUUACUUCGUAGCUCUUCCCCUGCUUCUUCGAAGUGCAAAAGGAAUGUUUCCAUCCACAAUGCUCGCACAACAAACGCAAAGUCGAGGCACAUCCCUUCCGCUUCAUGUUGUCUUCCAUGAGCAAAAGGCUGAAAUUGCCACAGUCGCCGCACCGUAGCUGCGCAAAAACAGACGACAGCACCUCCAUAUCACAGAAUCUAAGCCCUGUAAUAGCAGGACUGUUUUCCUCUGAAAUUUGGUCGUCUACCUCUGGUUUAGGCUUCUCUUCUUGGGUAUUUGUCACAAGCUUUUGAAACGAAGCCGAACAUUCCUUCGCUGCCUUCUGACAGUGCAAAGAACUCGCUCCCGAUCCACUUGAAGUGCUUUCCAAAGCAACUAUUUCUUCGUCUUGAACUCUUUCCUUACUCGUAAAACGAUUUCCAUGAAAUUUUCGCUUCUUGCGUCUUUGACACGAAAAUUUUGGCAUUUUUGUACGAAAACUCGUGUCACUCGUGAAAAUUCACACAGCUCAGCGAUUGCAAAAGGCCUCAUUGUUUGCUCAAAGUAGUUGAAAACGAGGCUGAUGGAUACCAGUCUCCCAGGGUAUGUGCCUCGGCCAGAAAACUUCGUUGAGAGCAAUUUCAACAAGUUUCAAGGCACUUUUCAGCCCCAAAACGACGCGUAAACAAACGCGUUGCCAUGGAAACCAAAUGACACUUCUUUCAAAAUUGCAAUUUAUCACUAUAUACGAACGGAAUAUUGACAAAAAAACUAUACUGCCAAAAAAUUGAAUCAUAAAAGAUGUGAACACGAGCAAAAAAAUUUUUAGACAAUUUCUCAUUUGAAGGAAAGUUAAUUUACUGCAACUGUACCAUCAGGGAUGGGGCAGCUCCUGGAGACGUGUGAUCAUUUAAGAUGGCGGCUAGUCUGAACGAGAUCGGCAAUCCGUCGAAUCAGACCGUGUUAAGCUCCUCAGGUAUUGGACAAUAUCAGGAUGUUGUGUACUACGCUUCUUUAAAGGGGCUGCGUGAAAAAACGCAACGUUUGAAGCCAGUUAUUUAACGAAAAGUGAUGUUUAAAUUACUCAGCACCAUCGUCAGUUGAAUGCCAUUAGAAAACUUACGGGGGAGGGGGGGGGGGGGCGGGCGAAGUAAAAAAAAAAUAUUCGCGCAAAAGAAAAUAAAAUGAAAGAAAAAAAUCAUGCACGCCAAUUAACCCUAAAAAGUAUUCAUGCUAUGCCCUAAAGAAAAAUUCAUACGAGGAAUUUCAUAACAAAAAAAAUUCUUGCGGCACCACCAUUCCUUACCCUCCCCCGCGACCCCCCAUAACUUAUAUGUACGCCGUAAUUUUUAGGGAGUUAUUAUAACUCCAAAAAUGGAGUAAAAAUUUUAGGUACAGGAUAACCCCUUUUUGGGGUUAUUUUAACUCCUAAUUUAACUCCGAAUUUGGGGUCAUUUUUACUCCUGAAAAAGAGUUCUUUUUACUCCCAGUCUUGGAGUUAAAAUUACUCCGAAAUGGGGUUACUUGUACUCCUUACAGGGGUUGUUUUUACUCUUUUUGGAGUUAAUUUAACUCUGAAAGUGGAGUAAAAAUUUUAGGUACAGGAUAACUCCUUUUUUGGGGUUAUUUUAACUCCUCAAUUUCUGGGAUCACUUUUACUCCUGAAAAAGAGUUCUUUAAACUCCUUUUUGGAGUUAAAAUAACUCCACGAAAAAUAACUCCACUGUAAGGAGUUAAAUUAGCCCCACUAGAGGAGUUAUUAUAACUCCCUGAAAAUUACAGUGUAAUUGGCGACUGAUUAAGCUUGUUAAUUUUUUCGAUAUUUUAUCACGCCGCAUCGCUGACUAAAUUUAACCGGGAGAUGUAAACUUAUCAGGCACAAAAAAAAACUUGAAAAAAGAAAUUUCAAGCAAAAACGCAUAUGUUAGAUAGGAAUGAGUACUCUUUGUGUCACAUGUUAGGGGUUAAAGCCGUUCAUUAAUUAAUGUUUGUUUGUCCAGACAUUGACGAAUGCAGUGCUUCCUCUCCUGUAUGUGAUAUUAACGCAGACUGCUCCAAUACUCGUGGAUCUUAUUACUGCACUUGCAAGGCUGGAUUUACAGGCGAUGGAAAAGCUUGCCAAGGUAAAUAAGAUAAUUAAGCUAAUCUGAACAGUUUCGUUCAGUUUAGUUCAGUUUAUUUCCCGUUACAGACUUUACACGGGUUACAGGAAAAUGUUGCUAUAAAUUUAAUAUGAAAGCUUGAGUUUUAUGGCCAAGUGAUAGCAAUUAUGUUUAAAAUAAAUACAGGCGAUGAGCCAGAAAGAGCAAAAUUAAAUAAAUAAAUAAAAAUAAACAAGAGCGUAAUACAAGAAGAGAUGUAAGAAACAGUGUUUUGAAAGAAGUGAGUUUAGGCAGAAUUAGGUAGUGCUAGAACUGGAUAUUUCCAUAAAAAAAGUGUUUUUUUAAUUAAAGUUGUUUUUCUUAGACAUUGACGAAUGCAAUGCUUCUUCUCCUGUAUGUGACAUCAACGCUAACUGUUCCAAUACUCGUGGAUCGUAUGACUGCACCUGUAAGGUAGGAUACACUGGCGAUGGAAAAGCUUGCCAAGGUAGGAGAAAAUCCUUAUUAAGCUAAUUUGAAGGACAGUUAGUUUACUUUACUGCAGCUUUUCCAUCAGAGAUGGGGCAGCUCCUGGAGACGUGUGAUCAUUUAAGAUGGCGGCUAAUCUGAACGAGAUCGGCAUAUCCGUCGAAUCAGACCGUGUUAAGCUCCUGGUAUUGGACAAUAUCGGAAUGUUGUGUACUACGCUUCUUUAGGGGUUGCCUAAAAACCGCAGCGUUUGAAGCCAGUUAUUUAACGAAAAGUGAUGUUUAAAUUACUCAGCACCAUCGUCAGUUGAAUGCCAUUAGAAAACUUAUGGGAGGUGGGGGGCGGGCGAAGUACAAAAAAAUAUUCCGCAAGAGAAAAUUAAAUGAGAAAACAAAUUCGUGCACGCUAACUAACCCUAAAAAAAAUGUUCAUGCUAUGGCCUAAAGAAAAAUUCACACAAGGAAUUUGAUAACGAAAAAAUUCCUGCGGCACCACAAUUCCCAACCACCCCCUCGCCCCCGCCCCCGGUUCCCCAUAACUUAUAUCAGUCGAAUCGGCGACUGAUUCAGCUUGUUAAUUUUUUCAAUAUUUCAUCACGCCGUAUCGCUGACUAAGUUUAACCGGGAGAUGUAAACUAAUCAGGCAUACAAAAAAACUUGAAAAAAGAAAUUUUAAGCAAAAACUCAUAUGUUAAAUAAGAAUGAGUACUCUUUGUGUCACAUGUUUAACCUGAGAUCAGGCCCAAUUUGAGCGAUUCUCAUACAUUCUCUCUAACGGCUACCGCUGAAAUUGAAUUCUCUUUUCGUUUCGCCAUGCCCGCCGGAAUGUUAUUUACAAAGCGAAACGAAAAUAGAGCCUGAUCUCAGGUUAUCACAUGUUGGGGGUUAAUGCCGUUCAUUAAUGUUUUUUUGUCCAGACAUUGAGGAAUGCAGUGCUUCUUCUCCUGUAUGUGAUAUUAACGCAAACUGCUCCAAUACUCGUGGAUCUUAUUACUGCACUUGCAAGGCAGGAUUUACUGGCGAUGGAAAAACUUGCCAAGGUAGGAGAAAAUCCUUAUUAAGCUAAUUUGAAGGAAAGUUAGUUUACUGCUGUACCAUAAGAGAUGGGGGAGCUCCUAGAGACGUGUGAUGGCGGCUAAUCCGGUGACGUGCUCCAGACCUCGGGCACAAAUUUCUUAAAUUUCCUUCAUAACUUCAUCGACACAUUACCACCAGUAUUUUUUGACUAUUUUACCUACCGUUUCUGAGUAAAACUACCGCUGUGAAAAUACUGUACAAGUAAAACAGGGCCUAUUAUGCACUGCCACGUCCUUGGCAGCGUGGAUUUGGAUUAUAAAACGUAUCGAGAAGGAUCUUUCCUCAAACCCUUUUCUUAUACAGAUGUGAACGAGUGUCAAACAGGAUCACACUCCUGCCAUGCUCAGGGUCAGUGUGUUAAUGUUCCUGGCUCCUACUCUUGUAAAUGUUUACCAGGCUACACGGGCGACGGAAAAAGCAGAUGUGAAGGUACAUAUUUCCAAAAUUUAAUAAGUAUAAAGGACUGGCCAUAAGUAUGGGGGUGUGCUGGGGACAGAGAAGUGGUGGGUUAUCAGUUUCUUCACCCAGUUGAAGGGGUGGGUCGAUCAAUUUUCAGCUAACCUUUGGUGGUCCGCAUAUCUAAUGAGCGGCACGGGUGAGAUAAUAAUGGGAUAGUUGGCCACAGUAAAAAAACAUAAAACAAAGGAAUCUAAAACUAUUGCUUUGAAAUUUUUUUUAAACAUCUUGACUUGUGUCUUUUUUUAAAAGGCAAUUUUAAUGCAAUUAAAUGUAUGAUGUUUGGUUUUUACAUUUCAUUGCUGUUUAACAUUCUGCUAACUUAGUAACCCUUGGACGUACAAACCAAGCGAACCACGUCGGCACGACAAUUAAUUAGAUACGAUAGGCUUUUUUAUUCAAAUGUAAUCCGUUAAAGAAUCAAUUCCCAUAACCUGAAGGCUUUAUUGAUUGUGAUCAAUAAUAACAUAACUGGCUUUUACAGUCCUCUCAGUAAACCAGCGAUCUACCAACAGCCCUAACCCCUCCAUCAGCUCUUGAUGUCCAUGCACGCGCUUUAAAUCGGUUUUGCCUUACACUUUUUUAACAGUUCCUACAAUGACGGCGACAAGCUCCUGCUCUAAUCUUCUUGUGCGUGACGCCAGCAAACCAAGUGGUACGAUUUACUCAACUAAUAGAUAUAGAGGCUCGGCAUACAGUAGUAAUAUGGAUUGUCGAUGGAAUCUAACUUCGAAUGCAGUGAUUGAACUUUUGUUCUACUAUUUCACCACCCAAUCGUCGACGGACUAUGUACGUGUGUACGAUGGUGACUCGAUCUCCGCACCUCUGAUUGGCGAAUUUAGUGGAAGCUCCCUCCCAGCGCCUAUCACAAGUUCGUCCACCAAGCUAUAUGUGCGGUUUACAUCUGAUGGAUCUUCAGAGUAUAGAGGAUUUAACGCGCGUUACCGAGGUAUUUUUAUUGGUAGACAAGAUGAAUAGAAAAAGCUCUGUGAUCUUUAUUAGCGGGCUCCCUGGUUAGUAUGAUAAAAACUUCCCAGCCGUACACACGAAAACGUAACAACAAUCUAACAAUAUUUAUUUUCGGUUCAACUAUUUGUGCGAAAUUAGACUUUGAUUGUAUAUCUAGCUGGAGUUUUGAAAACGUUAGCCAAAAACUAUCUCCAAAGUAGCCAAUAUAAAAGCUAACUAGGAUGCAACCAUUCCUUUUUUUUCUCUUCUCCUCCUUUCAGUUCUCCUCGUUCUUGCCCUUCUUAAGUAGAUUAUAGGCCUUGGUCUAAUUGGUUUUAUUACGUUUGGAAAAUGACUAUGGCUAUUACUGGCUAUUACUUCGGCACAGAGGAUGGAGGAGAAUCAAAAUUUGGCACACAUAAAAAAAUCCUUGUCCUUAACAUAAACUAUAUAAAUGCUGUGUUAAUAAGUCAUGUGAUAUGUCACGUGGCCAGUUUUUUUUUUAAUCUUAAAUAAUUGACAAACUGGUAACGGGUUUAAGGAAAGAAAUCAAGUAAUUGAUAACAUUUUUUCUCAUUCAUAUUAAAUAUUUCUAACACUCAAAGUCAAAGUUUAUAGAGAGAUUUUGCAAAGUAUUCAAGGAUAAAGACAAUAGCACUAGCCUGCAAAAUUGCUAGCGCUAAUCUAGGCGGGUAGUGGAGAGACUAUGUACAGUGUAAAUUUAUUAGUAAGUUCUACAUAAUUAAUAAGCUAAAAAUAUAUAUAUAUAUAUAAUAUUAAUAAGCUAAACAUAUAUCUAGCCGGAUUUUUGGAAACGUUAUCGCCAAAUGGACCUUUUCCGUCCAACAGUUUUCGGUCAAAAACUCCAAAUAGCCACUAUAAAAACUGCAAAGACUGCAACCAUUGUUUCUUCUCUUCUCUUUCCGUCUCCUCACUCUUUCUUUUUCUCCUUUCCUUUUCUUUCGUUACUGGCUUAAGAAACCUUCCUUUUGACGCCUUUUCACUCAAACGGCUGCAAAUCUCGUUAGGUUGGUUUUCAAAAAAUCAACAUGAUAUAAAGAUGUGCGAAUAGAUAAUCGAUGUUAAGGACUGAAAGGAAGAAAGUGGGUAAAUAAAGCUACUUUAGACAUACAUCUUAAGACUUAUCUAUACGGGUGGGUAUACCAACAUAAUUAUCCUCUUCCUUCACGUUUGGAAUGACUGUCCAUUGCACUUUCGUAAAAAUUAUGAGGGAAAACAUCAUUUUAAAUGCUCAAAAUUAAUCUUUAAUUCUUAGAACUUUAAUUCUAAACUUUGCGUACAUUCACUCCAAACGUAGAAAAUAAGUAUGUGUACAGUGUAUCAGAAACGCCAAUUUAUUUAUCCAAACAGAGUAAACUCGCCACUAAUUCGCCAAUUUCCUUCAUUUUCAAUUUUUGGUCGCGUGACAUUUUACGAGACCAUAAUUUUAAGGCACAAGAAGACCUCAAGUCUGCCCAGACCUUAAACCCUUGAGUUUUUACUUUCUUUCUCCUUCGUUAGUGUCAUAUUCGGCCAUAUCACUCGGCAAAUGACUGCAAAAAUUGCUGGGCUGAUUUUUAAAAAUUCCGCUAGAUAUGUAAAAAGCUGUGAGAGAAGAAUAGCUAAUUAUGUUUAGAAUGUAAGUCCAGCUACCCCGAUUCCGGAGAGGAAACACAGGACAUAUUUAAUGAACAAGUCGACGUUAGCGACAAAAGUCCCCCCGCCCCUGACCUUUGACCCCACUAAAACGGACUUUUACAAAGCGUAAAUUAUAAAAAAAUACGGUAUAAAAUUUUAAACCCACUUUACCUUUUAUUUGAACGCUAGCUGUGACAUCCGGUUCAGUUCGUCUCAAAGAUGGCACCCCAUUGGCUGGAAGAGUUGAAGUGUUCUAUGAUGGUCAGUGGGGAACAGUUUGCGAUGAUGCUUGGGACAUAAAUGACGCUAACGUGGUCUGCAAACAGUUGGAUUUGUCGCAGUCAGCUACUAACGCUUGGAGCAGCGCCUAUUAUGGUCAGGGCUCCGGUCCCAUAUGGAUAGAUGACGUGGCCUGCUCAGGUAGCGAAUCACAUAUCUACGAUUGCAGACACCGUGGAUGGGGAAACAAUGACUGUACACACAGCAGAGAUGCCAGUGUGCAGUGUUCGGCUAACAUUCGUUUGGUGAAUGGCAGUGUUAAUUAUGGCCGAGUUGAAGUUUAUCACAACGGUCAAUGGGGCACAGUCUGUGAUGAUGGCUGGGAUAUCAAUGACGCUCAUGUAGUUUGUCGUCAGCUUGGUUUCCCCAGUGCGUCCUCGGCACCUCAUCGGGCACAGUAUGGCCAAGGAUCUGGCACUAUCUGGAUGGAUGAUGUCCAUUGCAAUGGAACAGAGGCUUCAUUGUUUCACUGUACACGUAAUGGUUUGGGAACACACAACUGUGUCCAUAGGGAGGAUGCAAGUGUGGUCUGUAACACUUAA